CCGCGGCUGCUGAUCCGGCGGCCGUAUAUACGUCUUCGCAGUUUCGCGCCGCGCGGACCAGCGAGCGUGGUGGAGUCCUUGCCGAGCCCGGACUGCAGCAUCCCUGUCCCGGCGGCAUCUCGCGCUCUCUCCCCCGCCCCCCGGCUCCGGAGGGAGGCCCGCGGAGCAGCGGCAGAAUGUAGCGGCGGAUUACCGGAGGAGGAGAGCGGGGCGCUCAGAGAGGCAAGAGACCGAGGCGGGACGGAGGGGACAUGGGGAAGGACCAGGAGCUGCUCCAGGCCGUCAAGACCGAGGACUUGCUGACAGUUCAGCGCCUCCUGCAGCGACCUCGGCCCGGUAAAGCCAAGAUCCUCGGAGCAACCAAGCGAGUGAACGUCAACAUCCAGGAUGCAGACGGGUUGUCACCUCUGCAUCAUGCUGCUCUGAGUGGCAACAAGGAUCUGAUCUCUCUGCUGCUGGAGGCUCAAGCAGCUGUGGACAUUAAAGACAAUAAAGGCAUGCGGCCUCUGCAUUACGCCGCCUGGCAGGGGAAGACGGAGCCUAUGAAAAUGCUGCUGAAAGCAGGCUCGUCCGUCAACGGGCAGUCGGACGAAGGCCAGAUCCCACUCCACCUGUCGGCCCAGCAUGGACACUACGAUGGGUCGGAGAUGUUGCUGCAACACCAGUCCAACACGUGCAUCUCCGACUCGGCAGGGAAAACUCCACUCGACCUGGCUUGUGAAUUUGGCCGUGUCACAGUGGUUCAGCUCCUGCUCAGUAGCAACAUGUGUGCGGCCAUGCUGGAGCCCAAACCGUCCGACCCCAACGGCGUGUCACCGCUCCAUCUUGCCGCCAAGAAUGGACACAUGGACGUCAUAAGGCUGCUGAUACAGGCCGGUAUCGACAUCAACAGACAGGCGGAGUCUGGUACAGCUUUGCAUCAGGCUGCCCUCUGUGGGAAGACAGAGGUAGUGCGCCUCCUGCUCGAGAGUGGCAUCAGUGCGGGUGUGAGGAACACUCUGAGUCAAACUGCCCUGGACAUUGUCAACCAGUUCACCACCACUCAGGCCAGCAGGGAGAUUAAACAGCUGCUGAGAGACGCGUCGGCCGCCAUGCAGGUGCGAGCGCUGAAGGAUUACUGCAACAACUACGACCUCACCAGCCUCAACAUCAAAGCCGGGGACAUUAUUACGGUGUUGGAGCAGCACUCAGAUGGCCGAUGGAAAGGUUGCAUUCAUGACAACCGUACAGGAAAUGACCGUGUGGGCUACUUCCCCUCCAACAUGGUGGAAGUCAUCAAGAGGGCAGGCCACUCCCCCUCCCGGCGGUGCCACACCCUGCUGUUACGCAGGCCCAACCCGUGUCCCGUGACCUCGGUCAACGGGCACCACCCGUACCCUCCGUCCAAAGUGCUGCCCCUGCACCUGCCCUCCCCUCCCCCGCACCCCCACGCACUCCCUCGCUUUUCCUCCUUCGGGUACGUUCCACUUCCUAUCUCUCCGCCUUCUCUCUCCACUCCUCCUCCUCCGCCUCCUCCUCCGCCUCUCUCCACCUCUCAGGAGCAGCAGAGUCCGACAGUGUGUCUUCUGGCAUGUGUGACAGGUUCUCGCGCCGCAGACUUGAGUCCACAAGGUUCUCCCACUUUGGGCCAGCAGAGCACCAGCGAGGACAUCUGGGUGCUGCGCAAGCCGCUGGCAGGCGGCGAGCGCAGCGGCAGCGUGGGCAGCCUGGGCAGCGUGCGCUCGUCCAGCAGCCUGCAGGGCUCAGGUAACACGCAUGUUCUGACCACACCUGCGCCCAGUCCGCACCCGGCGUCCACGCCCGGGGUCAACACGCACGGCCUGAACGCGCCGGGUCUCAACGCACAGGCUGAAGGCGUCAAGCUCCUGGCCACAGUCCUGUCCCAGUCGGUGAAAGCCAAGGAACAUCUCCUGGAGCAGUCGCAGUCCAUUGAGCAAUCAGCCGGCUAUUCCACCUGCAGUGUUCCUGAGCAGCGGCCCUUUGAGCGGAAGGCAGAAGAGGACGAUGGGAAAAAGCAGGCAGUCGUGGCGUGGCUGCUUGAGUUCCAGCUGCAGUUCUACACCACUCACUUCCUCACCGCCGGAUACGACCUAGAGGCCGUAAGCUGCAUGACGCCUGAGGACCUGACGGCGAUCGGCGUCAUGAAGCCUGGACAUCGGAAGAAGUUACUGUCGGAGAUCAGCAAGAUGACCUCCGCAGACUGGCUGCCAGACCACAAGCCUGCCAACCUGGCAGAGUUCCUCUCUCACCUGGGUCUUAGUCAGUACUACCAGGUUCUGGUGCAGAACGGUUACGAAAACAUCGACUUCAUCUCAGACAUCAGCCUGGAGGAUCUGCAAGAGAUCGGUAUUACUAAACUAGGCCACCAGAAGAAGCUGAUGUUGGGAGUGAGGAGACUGAAGGACUUCCAGAGAGGAGGAAGUGUCCCUGAGGCUCCUCACAGUCCCUGCACACCUCCAUCCAGCCCAGGUGGCUCUGAGGCCCACGCGGAGGCCAGAAAACCCUGGGACGGCGCCCCGAGCCCGUUGGCGAAACCCCGCCCAAGUAUCUGUCAGUCCCAGACUCCUCCCCACACUCCGCCGCAAACCCCCACGCACACUCGAAACCAGCAGGCCUCCCCGAGGGCUCGGCCGCGACCUUCCACCCAGCAGGCGGCGGCGGCGGCGGCGGAUCCGCACGUACCGACGCUCCGCUUACCCGGCGAGGAGGAGGAGCGACGGAGAACUCACACCCUGACCGGCCCGGAAACAGACUCGCGAUACGCCACCGUCUGCCGCAGCACUUCCGCACGCGCCGCCAACGACGUCACCGUUAACCGCAGCCAGUCGUCCGUCACGCUGCGUCCUCGGCGGAAAGGCCGGCCCCCGACGCCGCCCAAGCGGUCCUGCUCUUCCAUCACCGGGGGCGACGGGGAGGCAGAAGGAGAGGAGGAGGAGGGGCUUCUCGGCCUGCCCGCUCUUCGAGAGCGGCGAGCCAGCGACUGCGGCGGCCUGGGCUCGGCUUUAAGGGCCCAGGAGUCGGCAGGCCUGGAGAGAUCCGAGGGGGCGUCCGGGAGCGUGCGCAGCCUCGCCGCCAUGCUGGAGACGUCCAUUGUGAGCGGAGCCAAAACCUUGCCCAGGAACCUCGGGAGCAGCACCAACUACCUGCAGGCCAGUCCCCCCACGCUCCGUCGCCAGUUUGGUUCAGGUGGUCUGGGGUCAGAGGUUGACGAUGUCCUAAAUCGACGCAGGACCAUCAGCGGACCUGAGGACGAUCAGGCGCCCCAAAAAGCAGCCCAGCGACGCCCAGAGCCCCGCCCGCGCUCCACCGUGGUCACCGCCGCUGCAGAGAUCACAGACGGCACGGCGACGCUGCGAAGGAAACCUCGUCACCUUCCAACAGAUGGCGGAGCGCCCGCAAAGGUGCCUCCCACCGUGGUCACCAUGACAACCGGCUCCGACACCUUACGCAGGAAGCCACGCGCUGCCGAGCAAUCGGAGGCCGCGGCCCAUACAAGCAAUAAGCAAUCAGACUCUUCCGGCAGUCAGGCAGAUAGCAGCUGGCAGCAGAACGGCGGCGUGGUGCUGAGGCGGAGGCCCGCCUCGGAGGCUUGUGAUAGGUCGGAGAGCAGCAGGGACAGCUGUGAGUGGAUGGAGGCCAGGAAGUCUCUGAAGCCGCCAGUCUCACCCAAACCAGCUGCAGUUGGCCUCAAGAAGACGCAAGCGGACCCCCUCACGCCGACUCGUCGGGUGCCCAUACCUGGUCCUGAUCAUCCGGAUCCAGCACAAAGUCCUGAAACAAAGCGUGCUCCCCCUCCAGUGUCGCCCAAACCUCGCGGCCCUCCAACAGCGCCCAAGCCGGGCAAAGCCACGGUGGCCUCGCCCGCCAUGAGCCCAGCGGCCACCAGCCCGGCAGCUUCCAGCCCCACCUUGGCCCCCAAACCCAUCGCCCCUCUCCCCGCCCCCUCCCUCUCCCCGGGACUCCCCCUCGCCUCGCCGUCGCCGGCCCAGAGUCCCUCCACGCCAUCCCCGCACCCUGUCAAGCCUCCACGCUCCUCCAUCGCCGGCCUCUCCAUCGACCUCCUGAGCGGGCGGGAAGCGGAGGAGGAGGAGGAGGAGCGGAGGAAGGAACGGGAGCAGAAGAAGCACAAAGAAGAGGAGGAGCAGAGGAGGAGAGCAGAUUCACCUGGGAGGGAAGAGGAGGAGUCUCAGCACCGCCUGGAGGAGACCAGCGCCUCCUUGGAAGCAGCUCUUCAGGCAGUGGAACAUCAAAUAAACGAAGAAGAAGCACAAAAUGACAAAAAGACGACCGUGUCCAUCCUGGACGACAUCGGCAGCAUGUUUGACGACCUGGCGGACCAGCUGGACGCCAUGCUCGACUGACCUCCCAAAGUGGCUUUUUUCCCCCCGCUCUUUGCCCUUCCCUUGGAGUGUGGAGAAAAAACGGCUCCAGGGGCCACAAAGGUGUGACGGAGGAGGGUGUGGUCUUGUGCCUGUGAUGUUCGGAGGCCCCGCCUCCUGCAGAGAAGCACAUAAACACUCUCACCUGCAGGCUGAGGAGGAUUUUUUUCAAGAGGAAAAAACAUGAGGACGCAUUUUGGAUCGCUUGAUCUGCCGCUCCUCUUCUUUGGGAGGGUGCUGGUGCAUCAUAACCCUCCCAGUGUGUGUGUGUGUGUGUGUGUGUGUGUGUGUGUGUGUGUGUGUGUGUGUGUGUGUGUGUGUGUGUGUGUGUGUGUCCUUGCUGUUGUCGUCCUAAUGAAGUCAGUGUCCUUCUUCACAUUCAUACUGUAGUUAUUGAAAUGAGCGGACUUGUAGACGUGUGUGCCCUCCAACUCCCCGCACAUUAAUCGGUUCCACACUCACACAUGUUAUGCAAACACACAUAAUGGUGUGUCCCUAGGGAGGUUCUUUCAAAAGCUGUCUUUGGACACUGAAUUUAGCU